AUGACGCAGGGUCCCGGCGGGCGCGCGGCCCCCGCGCCCCCCGCAGCCCCGGAACCGGAGGCGCCCACCACCUUCUGCGCGCUGCUCCCUCGCAUGCCGCAGUGGAAGUUUGCGGCCCCCGCUGGUUUCCUGAGCCGCGGCCCCGCGGCGGCGCGGGCGGCGGGGGGCGCGGGGGCCGCCGACCCGGACCCCGAGCCGGCCAGCCCGGCCGGCGUCCCGGCGCUGGCGGCCGCGGUCCUGGGCGCCUGCGAGCCGCGCUGCGCCGCGCCCUGCCCGCUGCCUGCCCUCAGCCGUUGCCGGGCCGCCGGGGUGCGGGGACCGCGGGGCGCGCGGGGGGCGACCGGGCCCCCGGAUGCCUCCGCCGACGAGUGGAUCCGCAAAGGCAGCUUCAUCCACAAGCCAGCGCACGGUUGGCUACACCCGGACGCCAGGGUUCUGGGGCCCGGGGUCUCCUACGUCGUUAGGUACAUGGGCUGCAUCGAGGUGCUCCGUUCCAUGCGCUCCCUGGACUUCAGCACACGCACCCAGGUCACCAGGGAAGCCAUCAACCGGCUCCAUGAGGCGGUGCCUGGCGUCCGGGGCUCCUGGAAGAAGAAGGCCCCCAACAAGGCCCUGGCCUCAAUCUUGGGCAAGAGCAACCUGCGCUUCGCGGGCAUGAGCAUUGCGGUCAGCAUCUCCAUCGACGGCCUCAACCUCUCGGUGCCGGCCACGCGCCAGAUCAUCGCCAAUCAUCACAUGCAGUCCAUCUCCUUUGCGUCCGGUGGUGACACGGACAUGGCGGAUUAUGUGGCCUACGUGGCCAAGGACCCCAUCAACCAGAGAGCCUGUCACAUCCUGGAGUGCUGCGAGGGCCUUGCCCAGAGCGUCAUCAGCACCGUGGGCCAAGCCUUCGAGCUGCGCUUCAAACAGUACCUGCACAGCCCCCCCAGGGUCGUCGUCCCUCCGGAAAGGCUGACCGGGAUGGAGGACUCGGCCUGGGGGGAUGAAGAGGAGGCGGAACACAACUACUACAACAGCCUCCCUGGGAAGGAGCCGCCCCCGGGCGGGCUGGUGGACUCCAGGCUCGCCCUCACACAGCCCUGUGCCUUGGGGGUCCUCGGCGCCCUUGGCCAGGGAGCCUCUCCUGCUAGAAGAGAUGCCCGCGGCCUGCAGUGGGACGUAGGCCCCUCAGUCCCAGCCCAGCCCGGGGAUGGCUACGUGCAGGCGGAUGCCCGGGGCCCCCGAGACUACGAGGACCAUCUGUACGUCAACACGCAGGGUCUGGACGGCCCUGAGCCCCUGCGGCCCGAGGAUAGCCCCAAGAAGGAUCUGUUCGACAUGCGACCCUUCGAGGAUGCCCUGAGGCUGCAUGAGUGCUCUGUGGCUACUGGCACGGUGGCAGCCCCCCUUCCCGUGGAGGAUCAGUGGCCCAGCCCCCCGACUCGCCGGGCCCCCAUCGCCCCCACGGAGGAGCAGCUGCGUCAGGAGCCCUGGUACCAUGGCCAGAUGAGCCGUCGGGCGGCGGAGAAACUGCUUCGGGCGGACGGGGACUUCCUCGUGAGGGACAGCGUCACCAACCCUGGGCAGUACGUGCUCACCGGCAUGCACGCAGGGCAGCCCAAGCACCUGCUGCUGGUGGACCCUGAGGGCGUGGUGCGGACGAAGGAUGUGCUCUUUGAGAGCAUCAGCCACCUGAUUGACUACCACCUGCAGAACGGGCAGCCCAUCGUAGCUGCUGAGAGUGAGCUGCACUUGCGAGGCGUCGUCAAGCGGGAACCCUGA